AUGGAGAUCGAGCUCUGGCUGCUAUGGCCGACGCUCGCGGUCGUCUCGCUCCUCUACUGUCUGGCCAUCACGGCACGCACGGGGCGGAUGCCACCGGGUCCCACGCCGCUCCCUCUCGUCGGCAACAUGCUCAGCCUCGUCGGCAACCUCCACCACACCCUCGCGCGCCUCGCUCGCGCCUACGGCCCCGUCAUGACGCUCAAGCUUGGCCUCACCACCGCCGUGAUCGUGUCCUCGCGCGAUGCGGCUUGGGAGGCAUUCACGAAGCAUGACCGGCGGCUGGCUGCGCACGCCAUCCCAGACGCCGCACGCGCGCUCGGCCACUCCGACCGGUCCAUGAUAUGGCUGCCCAGCUCCGACCCGCUCUGGAAGAGCUUGCGCGGCAUCGUGGCCGCCAACGUCUUCUCCCCGCGCGCCCUCGCCGCGGCGCGCGCCGCCCGCGAGCGUAAGGUGCGCGACAUGGUGCAUCACUUCCGCGACCGCGCCGACACAGAGGUGGACGUCGGCCAGGCACUGUACGGCGGCGUGCUCAACGUCUUGUCGAACGCGCUCUGCUCUGUCGACGUGGUCGACAUGGGCGCCGCCGAGUCAGCGCAGGGCGUGCGGGAGCUCGUCGAGGAUCUCAUCGCGGUGAUUGCCAAGCCCAACAUCUCCGACCUCGUCCCUUGCCUUCGGCGGCUCGACCUGCAAGGAUGGCGUCGCUGGACAGCGAUACGCAUCGACAAAAUUUUCCGCCUGUUGGAUGACAUAAUCGACGGUCGUAUGGCAGCCGCAGCCAACACCUCGACGGAGGAGAAGCAUGGCGACUUCCUGGAGCUCUUCUCCACGGGCAAGAUCGCCCGCGACACCCUGACAGCCAUACUGUUCGACGUCUUCACGGCCGGAAGCGACACGAUGUCGCUCACCGUCGAGUGGGCAAUGGCGGAGCUGCUCAAGAACCCGGCCAUCAUGGCAAAGGUCCGCGCGGAGAUAGACGAUGCUCUCGGCGGCAAGGAGACCAUCGGCGAGAACGACGCGGCGGGCUUGCCGUACCUCCAGGCCGUGGUGAAGGAGGCCAUGCGACUGCACCCGGUGGUGCCGAUACUGCUGCCCCGCCGGGCCGUGGAGGACGGCGUGGAGAUCGGCGGCUACGCCGUGCCCAAGGGCUCGACGGUCAUCUUCAACGCGUGGGCGAUGAUGCGGGACCCGGCGGCGUGGGAGAGGCCCGACGAGUUCGUCCCGGAGAGGUUCCUGGGCAAGGCGGACCAGGUGGUGGACUUCCGGGGUAAGGCCUUCGAGUUCAUCCCGUUUGGGUCCGGCCGGAGGCUGUGCCCCGGCGUGCCGAUGGCGGAGCGCGUGGUGCCGUUCAUCCUGGCCUCGCUGCUGCACGCGUUCGAGUGGCGGCUACCGGACGGCGGUUCCGCGGCGGAGUUGGACGUGAGCGAGAGAUUUACCACUGCAAAUGUGAUGGCUGUCCCACUCAAGGCCGUGCCCGUCGUGGUGCACAUCUCUGCACGUAACGGUUUUCUUCAGCAAAAUUCGUCACGGGAGGACAUGUCAACGUGACAAAGAUUUCCAUACUAUGUUGUCCAAUUUCGUCCACCACAAAAAAAAGUAGUCCAACUUCUCCAACUCUCCAUGGCAUGUUGAGGAGUAUAUUUGUUAAAAUAAUCCGAGGCAUACGACCAAGCAAUCAUAGCACAUGACACCAAGAUUGUUAACGAGGUCCAUCGAGC